AGUCAGCCUUCAGUAGUGGCAGUGGUCUCGAUAAGAGUGUUGCUGUUGUUUUUUCCUCUUGCCCAGUGUUUUCAUUGCCAAUCGCUUUCUCUUGUUAUUUCAUCCCAGUCGUCGUUUGGAGUAAACAAAAUUUUUACUUGCGUCUCUGAGCACCCUUAAAAGGAAUGUACAAAUCUCAUUUCGAAAAAUUAACCCAAUCGUUCAUAAUUACCGUGCUAAAUUCAUAGGAUCUUGUAUUGGACUGAAUCAAAAAAUUAAAAACAACAUCGGAGUAAGAAUGUAUCCCAGAUAACAUUAUGUGAAAAGUGUAGUCAAUUAAUCUACGUCUCCCUACAUCCACACGUUGCAGCACGGCCGCCAUCUUUUGCCUCGUGACAUUUUAAUCGGAACGUCUAUUCGAUUAUUGACUUCCUAGAACAAGUUGUGUCAGCUAUUAGCCCAUAUUAUUCAUUUUUGUGAUGAAUCGCAUGUUAGAGUGGCCUAGUUGCGGCGUGAGGAGCAACCCCAACACGGCGCGUUUACCGUUGGAUAUUGAACAGUGUCUGGGGCAGUAGCGGUGGCGCUAGUUGUCGCCGAAGGUUGGAGACGGUGGAUACGAUGGAUACCGGUUGAAUUUAAGCAUCCGCAUCAAACAACUAAGAAGAAAUAAAUGAAAGAGGAAAUAAAGUGCCAGUGCAAAUAAGUGAAAUGACAGACAAAAUGAUCGUUGAAGAACGGAUAACCCACGAACCGGAUCGUUGGAUUGGCAGUCCUCUCCAUCAAGGUGAUCGAAGAAGAUGUCCAACAUUAAGGACUCGACGACGUGGAUGCUCUUUCCUUGUUACUGUCGUCGUUUUCUUGAUCACUUUGGAUUGGCUUGAAGCUUCUUCACUCUCUUCACUUCAGGCAGCUCUGCCCAGUUCCUCUAUCGACGCCUAUCAGCCUCUACGAGAGAAAGAGAUUUGUCCGAGUAUAGAAGUUCGAAAUGGCCCCCAACAGUUUUCGGAAUUAGAGGGCUGCCGCGUUGUGGAAGGCUUUCUUCAUGUUGUUUUGAUGGAGAAUAUGGAUUUUGCCGCCGAAUUGAAUAAUCGCAGUUUUCCGGCCCUUCGGGAAAUCACGGGCUAUUUGCUAUUUUACCGCGUCUUCGGGCUACGCUCCAUUGGGCAGCUCUUCCCCAAUUUGGCUGUCAUUCGCGGCCAGCAACUUCUUUUUGACUUCUCUUUUGUCGUAUACGAACUGGUGCAAUUACAGGAAAUUGGACUUAAAUCUUUGGCGGAAUUGCAGCGCGGAUCCGUCUUGAUUGAAAAGAAUCCAAAUCUUUGCUACGUGGAAUCGAUCGACUGGGGCCGAAUUGGUCUUUCUGGCCGCCCCAAUCAUUUCAUCCAGGGUAAUAAAAAAGCCAGUGAAUGUCCUAAAUGCCCGGAUCGUUGUCCAGCUGGUGGUGAUGGACGAAGACUUUGUUGGAACAAUGACGAGUGUCAAAAAGUAUGUGACCAAUGUGGUCAAGGCGGCAGCGGGGCAUGCAGCAUGAUUCCAAAAGAAGUUGGGCGUCCAUCUGAAAUGCGUUGCUGUCACGAAGAGUGCGCCGGUGGAUGCAGUGGCAACCAGAGCAACCAGUGCGAUGUUUGCAAACACGUCAUCCACAACGACGAAUGCCGAUCUGUUUGUCCUCCAGGCCACUAUCUGUUUAUGAAACGGCGCUGCGUCACGGACAUUGAGUGCAUUACGAUGCCACCUCCUCGUCAAUCUAUUCAAGAAUAUCCGUACGUAAAACUGAAUUGGAAAGUGUUUGAUAAAACGGAAGAAUGCAUUUUGGAAUGUCCUCCUGGUUACCAGGAAGAGAAAAAACAACUCAAUGGGACACUGUCUUACUUUACGUGCGUCCCUUGUCAAGGUCCUUGCCCCAAGAUUUGCCAAGGGUUAUUUGUGAGUAACAUCGAAACGGUUCAAAGGUUGCGCGGAUGCACAACAAUCGAUGGUGAUCUGGAAAUGCAGAUUAAAGGGGGUGACAAUAUCAUCCAGGAACUGGAGAGGAGUCUUGGGAGCAUCGAAGUGAUCCGAGGUGUUCUCAAAAUCACACGCUCCUUUCCCAUCCUGUCGUUGAGUUUCUUCAAGAGCUUGAAGACCAUUACCGGGAAACUGAAUGCGAUACAUUCCAGUGGGAGUAAGAAUUUUGACGAUGAAUACGCAUUGACUGUCCAGGAUAAUCAAAACUUACAGCAGCUAUGGCCGAAGACACAGAAUUUAACAAUUCACAAAAAAGUGUUGUUCCAUUUUAAUCCUAAGCUUUGUCUGAAUUUAAUCGAAGAACUCGUCAAUUCAAGUAGACUUCCAGGCGCUGAGCCGUUUAAGCAUUUAGAAGUGGACAUCUCACCGUGGUCUAAUGGCGAUAAGGCCACAUGCAAUGAACAAGUUCUUAACGUCACUAUCAUUAACAAAUCAUCCGUAUCAAUGCUGCUAAGCUGGGAUAAUUUUAGAGCGAUGUUGGAUGACAAGCGCCAGUUGCUGGGCUAUAUUGUUUCUUACAUCGAGGCCCCGUAUACAAAUUUAUCUUACUAUGACGGCCGUGACGCUUGUGGUGGUGAUGGGUGGAGAGUGAACAACGUUGCCGCUAACAUUGACGGGGAUUCAAAAGAAAAGCAAAUGCACCUUAUGACGAAUCUCCGCCCUUACACUCAGUAUGCGAUAUACAUACAGACCUACACAGUAGCGCUGCAGCAGAUGGGCCAACGCAUAGGCGCCCGUAGUCCCAUUUUGUAUGAGAGAACAAGUCCAGAUGAACCUGACCAGCCUGAAGAUUUGAGGGCUUAUGCCAAUUCCAGUUCAGAACUUAUCAUCGAAUGGAAACCACCCAUUAAUCCUAAUGGAAUAGUCUCAUUCUACAAAGUCUUUGGAAGUUGGCGAAGAGACGACCAAGACUACGUUGAUAAACACGAUCAUUGCGCCGAACAUGUAAGUUCGUUGGUGGUGACUGAGACAAAAAAGACCAUUGAAGACAAUUCAUCCGAUAAUCGGACUUCGAUUUUCGCCAAUCCCAGUUUUCUUGGCAGCGCAACUAGCGAAAAUAACGUUGGAACAGAUGGUGUUAAUGGUGGUAGUGCUCAAUUAGGGAAGUGUUGCGAGUGUACUGGGUUGAAUGACAAAAUUACUCUGGAGAAGAAGGAAAAGGAACAGCAAUUUAAAAUUGAAUUUGAGAAUUUUCUGCAUGAUAAAAUUUAUAUCAAAGACACUCAUAUCAUCGGAAGGAACAAACGACAUAUCGAUUUGGGCGAACACGACAUGAAUGCCAUAGAAUUCCCUGAAGAAAACCCAAUGAUUAAUUCAUCGCACAACCAAGCAAAUAUGAUAGCCAAAGAAAAUCACACAAACACCUACCACAAUAAUCGGCUAAUCACUUUUUAUCAAGAAGUCACUGGGACAAGCUACACGGUGGUAGGCUUACGUCAUUAUGCGGAGUAUACCAUUGAAGUGGUGGCCUGUCACGAUCCCAUCGGAAAUACUCGUCUUUGUAGUAAGACUGCCGUGACGUCGGCGCGCACCAAGCAGAGUGAUUAUGCCGAUGAUAUCGUUGGCGGUAUAACAAGAUCCGAUUCGAAUAACACGUCUCAGUGGGUUAAAAUUUCCUGGGAGGAACCAGACGAUCCCAAUGGUCUGAUAACCAAAUACCUACUUGAGUACAGACGAUCAGACAACGGAAAAAUCGUUAAAGAAUGCAUUCGUCGAAAGGACUUUGUAGAAAGCAACAAAACACGAGUGUUGGGAGACCUGAGACCUGGAAACUAUUGCGUUCAAGUUCGUGCUUUUUCUUUAGCUGGACCUGGUCCACCCACGAAGGACGUGUGCUUUCUCAUCGAGGAACCCGCCAGCGGAAUGAGUACUAGCACGAUCACGAUAUUUGUGCUCGUUCUGCUUGUCGUCGUGUUUUUGGCUGCAUGUAUUGCGUACUUCAUUUUGAAGAACAAAAAGAACAAGGAUGAGCAUGGCAUCAUAUCUAUCAAUCCGGAUUAUCACCAAUACGUUCUCGACGAGUGGGAAGUCGACCGUGAUAAUGUUGUCAUCAUUCGUGCACUCGGUCGUGGAUCAUUUGGUAUGGUCUAUGAGGGAUUGUUACGUAAUGCAAUUCCAUACGAACCAGAUAUCAAGUGUGCUAUCAAAACAGUUAACGAAAAAGCCACGCAAAAGGAAAAAAUUCAGUUCCUCAAUGAAGCUUCCGUCAUGAAGGAAUUUAAUGCCAACCACGUUCUUAAACUAUUGGGAGUCGUUUCGAAAGCUCAGCCGACGUUAGUCAUCAUGGAGCUAAUGGCUAAUGGAGAUUUAAAAUCUUAUUUGCGUUCUCACCGCCCCGACUGUGAGGAAAACGUCAUUCAGGGCCGCCAACCGCCUACGCUCAAGUGCAUAUUGAAAAUGGCCACGGAAAUAGCCGACGGUAUGAUGUAUCUGUCGGAAAAGAAAUAUGUUCACCGCGAUCUAGCUGCCCGAAAUUGCAUGGUGGCUGGUGAUUUGACCGUCAAGAUUGGCGACUUCGGGCUUACACGGGAUGUGUACGAAACAGAUUAUUACCGGAGAGGAGACGCACAAGGUUGGUUACCUGUUCGAUGGAUGGCCCCCGAGUCACUGCGUGAUAGCGUCUACACUUCAUCGAGUGACGUCUGGAGUUUCGGUGUUGUCUUGUGGGAAAUGGCUACCCUUGCAUCGCAGCCUUACCAGGGCUUGACAAACGAGCAGGUGGUCAAAUACGUUGUCGAAGGUGGUGUUAUGGAACGACCAGAAGGUUGCCCAGAAAGGCUAUACAUUCUUAUGGAAAGUUGUUGGCAGUUCCAACCCAAAAGACGACCCACUUUCAUGGAACUCAUCGAAAAUUUCUUGCCUGACGUUCCAUCGCAGUUUGCCAGUGUCUCGUUUUAUCAUUCAGACGCUGGAAUCAAGGCGCGGGUGGCCAUAAAGGCUCACUAUGAGCAAGAAACUCAGUUUCUCAACGACCCUUCGACGCCGCUACAUCAAUCAGCAAACGAUAGUGACAAUUUUCUAGUGAAUAAACCGAUAACGCGAAAUCAUCGAUACGGUAGUGAUCAGGUUGUGCAAAUUGAUGAUGUGCAGCAAAGAGGCAGGGACUGCGAGAAACUGGAGGCGUCCGACGUGCGAUUUGGAAUCAGAAGUGACAACGCUGAACAAGACUUGAGAGACGAUGAUGUGAGCUACGAAGACCACGUUCCAGUUCUGUUUCCAAAAGAAAAGAAAGCGUAUGUUUUGAUGAAGAAUCCUGACGGUCGUGUGGCUGCCAAUGGCAGCAGUGGCAGCAAAAAUGAGAAAUCCCAAGGCACUACUUCUGUGGCAAGUGAAGAUAGCAAAGGAAGUUACGUGAGCAAUGGGAGUGCCUCCAACGGAUACGUCAUGGGCAUCUUGAAACAACGACGUCAUAACAGUGUUGACACAGAAUGUUGACGGGCUUCUCCACUGUCUCUUUUCGUUUGCUCCGAGUUGCAGUCUACCUCGUGCAAACAAGUGUUUUGUCUGACAGUUACCCACAAAAAAGGGAAUAGCUCAACAGAAACAGACCAGUGAAUUUGCAACAAAAAAGGCAAGUCACUUUCAAUAUUUUCUGCAUUCGUUAUCUGACGUUUUAUUUUAUUUUUAUUUUUUUUUGCGUACUGUUUGUACUUUUAAACAAUGUAUAAAAAAAAGUUUUGAGCCAAUGUAUAUAUGACCUGUGACAAAAGAACUUUACAACUGCCGAAAAACGUUGUGAAUAACACAAAUGCCGAAAACAGACUGGUCAACGACGCUCCGUUUGUAUCUGUGUCAAAUUUAUGGAUAAUAUUUAUACAGUGCAUAUAUUUUAUGACUUUAAAAAAUAAGAAAAAAAUUUAAUUCCAAUUGUUUUUUCUUGUUAAUUGAAAACAACGACAAAAAAGGUCAAAACAACCAUUUUAUUGUUGUACCUCAUUCGCUAGUUUAGUUGUCUGUUGAUAUCUGGUUAAUAAUUUGUGAAGAAGAAAAAAAAAAAAAAAAAAACAAAAAUUUGCAUAUUUAUCUGCUCAAAACGCAUGUGAGCUGCCUCAAACGUACAUGGUUUUUGUGUCCGUGGCUACACAGCAUAUGUGUGCCGUACUCCUUAACGCUUUUUCCUUCUUCCAGCAAAUAUCCGUCUUAUGUUUGCUGAUACAAGUCACUCUUUCUUUUUAUCCUUGUUACAAAUUGAGUGCAUGUGAUUGAAUGUUGCCGAUUGUUCAUACUUUUUAUUAUUUGUCUCCAUCUAUUGGACUCUCAAACGAGUCUGAAACAAUGGAUCAAGAAGAGAAAAAGGGAAGCUAUUACAACAAUACACAAGCCCAAAUUUGCA